AAAUUCAAGCCAACAUAAUCUAGGUGAAAAAAUGCAACAUAAAGUUCUGAAUACUGGUGAAAAAUGAAAACCACCUGAGAUGGUAACAGAAAACCAUAGCAUGCUGAAGAAGGUCAGCCAUGACAAUUCUCCAACAAAGAUUGCAUGGGAGCAAGGAUCAAAAUGCCGUGUUGAUUCGUCCGAAACGUCUGAAACAUUUCGAAUUUUCAACACACCGAAAAGAAACAUAGCUUGCAUCCCAAAAUUUCAAAGUUUUCGGUCGAAACGUUACUGUGUCGGACCGUUUCAGUCUAAACAGUACCGUUUCGACAAAACAUUUGACACAGAUAUAGACUAUACACAAAAGUUUCAGAUUUUUUCAGAAAUCACAUGUACACAGGUCUAGAUCUUCCAAGCAAAAAAAAAACCAGAGAGAAGAGAAAGAAAUACACACCCAGACGAAAUCGAAGAAAGAGAGAAAAACACAGAUACAGACUAUAUAACAAAAAUUGAAGGAAAAGAGUUCAAUAGCUUACCUCUUUGAGUCUAGAUUUGAGCAGACCUAGCCCCCAUCCACGCAGAUCUAGGGUUUGGGACUUGGGUCUUCAUCGCUGCGAGCUGCAACCCACGAGCCAUGAGCUACUAGGU